GUGCCUGCAACCGUUCUCACUGAGCAUGUGCAGACGGCGAUGCGCAUGCUCUGUCGCGGUCCGGUUCGGUUUCUGUUGCGGGACCCAGGGUGUCUCCUAGCGCAACCGGAACUAGCUGUCCCGGGGCCGGCCUCUUUUAUCUCCUGCGGCCUUGUAGUGGUCUCCGAGCCUCCCCACCCCUCCUUCCCUCUUCACCCCCUAGGCUUGAUUGCCCUUUCCCCGAAACAGCUAUCAUGAGCGCGAGGCUGCCGGUGUUGUCUCCACCUCGGUGGCCGCGGCUGUUGCUGCUGUUGCUGCUCCUGCUGGGGGCGGCUCCUGGCCCGCGCCGGAGUGGCGCUUUCUACCUGCCUGGCCUGGCGCCCGUCAACUUCUGCGAAGAAGAAAAAAAGAGCGACGAGUGCAAGACCGAAAUAGAACUAUUUGUGAACAGACUUGACUCAGUGGAAUCAGUUCUUCCUUAUGAAUACACAGCGUUUGAUUUUUGCCAAGCAUCAGAAGGAAAGCGCCCAUCUGAAAAUCUUGGUCAGGUACUAUUUGGGGAAAGAAUUGAACCUUCACCAUAUAAGUUUAUGUUUAAUAAGGAGGACACCUGUAAGCUUGUUUGUACAAAAACAUACCAUACAGAGAAAGCUGAAGACAAACAAAAGUUAGAAUUCUUGAAAAAAAGCAUGUUAUUGAAUUAUCAGCAUCACUGGAUUGUGGAUAAUAUGCCUGUAACAUGGUGUUACGAUGUUGAAGAUGGUCAGAGGUUCUGUAAUCCUGGAUUUCCUAUUGGCUGUUACAUUACAGAUAAAGGCCAUGCAAAAGAUGCCUGUGUUAUUAAUUCAGAAUUCCAUGAAAGAGAUACAUUUUACAUCUUCAACCAUGUUGACAUCAAAAUAUACUAUCAUGUUGUUGAAACUGGGUCCAUGGGAGCAAGAUUAGUGGCUGCUAAACUUGAACCAAAAAGCUUCAAACAUACCCAUGUAGAUAAACCAGACUGCUCAGGGCCCCCCAUGGACAUAAGUAACAAGGCUUCUGGGGAGAUAAAAAUUGCCUAUACUUACUCUGUUAGCUUCAAGGAAGAUGAUAAGAUCAGAUGGGCAUCUAGAUGGGACUAUAUUCUGGAGUCUAUGCCUCAUACCCACAUUCAGUGGUUUAGCAUUAUGAAUUCCCUGGUCAUUGUCCUCUUCUUAUCUGGAAUGGUAGCUAUGAUUAUGUUACGGACACUGCACAAAGAUAUUGCCAGAUAUAAUCAGAUGGACUCUACGGAAGAUGCCCAGGAAGAAUUUGGCUGGAAACUUGUUCAUGGUGAUAUAUUCCGUCCUCCAAGAAAAGGGAUGCUGCUAUCAGUCUUUCUAGGAUCUGGGACACAGAUUUUAAUUAUGACCUUUGUGACUCUAUUUUUCGCUUGCCUGGGAUUUUUGUCACCUGCCAACCGUGGAGCACUGAUGACGUGUGCUGUGGUCCUGUGGGUGCUGCUGGGCACCCCUGCAGGCUAUGUUGCUGCCAGAUUCUAUAAGUCCUUUGGAGGUGAGAAGUGGAAAACAAAUGUUUUAUUAACAUCAUUUCUUUGUCCUGGGAUUGUCUUUGCUGACUUCUUUAUAAUGAAUCUGAUCCUCUGGGGAGAAGGAUCUUCAGCGGCUAUUCCUUUUGGGACACUGGUUGCCAUAUUGGCCCUUUGGUUCUGCAUAUCUGUGCCUCUGACGUUUAUUGGUGCAUACUUUGGUUUUAAGAAGAAUGCCAUUGAACACCCAGUUCGAACCAAUCAGAUUCCACGUCAGAUUCCUGAACAGUCGUUCUACACAAAGCCCUUGCCUGGUAUUGUCAUGGGAGGGAUUUUGCCCUUUGGCUGCAUCUUUAUACAGCUCUUCUUCAUUCUGAAUAGUAUCUGGUCACACCAGAUGUAUUACAUGUUUGGCUUCCUAUUUCUGGUGUUUAUCAUUUUGGUUAUUACCUGUUCUGAAGCAACUAUACUUCUUUGCUAUUUCCACCUAUGUGCAGAGGAUUAUCAUUGGCAAUGGCGUUCAUUCCUUACCAGCGGCUUUACUGCAGUUUAUUUCUUAAUAUAUGCAAUACACUACUUCUUUUCAAAACUGCAGAUCACAGGAACAGCAAGCACAAUUCUGUACUUUGGUUAUACCAUGAUAAUGGUUUUGAUCUUCUUUCUUUUUACAGGAACAAUUGGCUUCUUUGCAUGCUUUUGGUUUGUUACCAAAAUAUACAGUGUGGUGAAGGUUGACUGAAGAAGUCCAGUGUGUCCAGUUGAAACAGAAAUAAAUUAAACUCUUCAUCAACAAAGACCUGUUUUUGUGACUACCUUGAGUUUUAUCAGCAUUAUUGGCCUAGUAAUCCUUCAGAAACACCGUAAUUCUAAAUACACCUCUUCCCACAUACCUUUCCCCCAUGAGAUGUGUCUUCAACACUAUAAAGCAUUUGUAUUGUGAUUUGAUUAAGUAUAUAUUCGGUUGUUCUCAAUGAAGAGCAAAUUUAAAUAUUAUGUGCAUUUGUAAAUACAGUAGCUAUUAAAUUUUCCAUACUUCUAAUGGCAGAAUAAAGGAGGCCAUGUUAAAUAAUACUGAUGAAAGGCAGGACACAGGAUUGUAAAUAGGAUUUUCUAGGCUCGGUAGGCGGAAAGAAUUAUUUUUCUUUGAAGGAAAUGACUUUUUAUCAUGGUAAUUUUGAAGGAUGAUUCCUGUGAUGUGUUCACCAGGGGAAUGUGGCUUUUAAAGAAAAUCUUGUAUUGGUUGUAACUGUUCAUAGCUUCUUUCUUGUCUGUGCUGACUUCAUCGUUCCCAUGGUAUUGGCCUUUUCAACUAUGUGCCUCUGAGUCUUUCAAUUUAUAAAUUUGUUAUUAUCUUAAUAAAUAUUAUAAAAAUGUC